AUGGACUCGUUCGACGAGAAGGUAUAUACCCCUAGCCGGUUCUCCAUGUUCCAGCAACGGGGACCGGAAAUCUCUCGCUUUCGCCAAUUUCUUCAUUUCGUCGGUUGCAUUAUCGUACUCCCUAUUUACUCUAUUAUAACCGGCUAUACUCGUCAUCCAUUGACGCUAGACGUUCUUUUGACCAUCUUCGCUGCCGAGUACAAUCGUUACACAAAUGAAAGCCGUCGCCGACAAUUACAGGGUCCUUCUCGGACUAUGCAAGAUCCUGAAAAAGCCAGUCAUCUAUCCGAGAUUGCCAAUCAUGCUACUGACUGCAUGGCCGCAAUAGUCGGAUACCGCGAGGAUCCCGAGUUAUUUGCCCGUGCUUUGGAUAGCUAUAAGCUUGCAUCCGAAUGCCGCUUCGUCCUUGUGGGUGUCGACGGUGAUGAUGUGCCUGACAUGGAGAUGGUUCGAGUGUUCCAAAAUGUCUUCCCUCAAAACUCGGCCGUCAUUCAAGUCGACGAGCCUUUCGGCGAGGUCGCCAUGCGGACAUUCGAGAAGAUGUCAACUAUUGACGGAAACUUGCAAGCUCCCGAGGCCUAUAUGGAGUCAACCAUUGCACACUGCUGCCAGUUGGCCCGGGAGAUCCUGGCCGAACACGACCUGAAACUAGGCCAGGCUGACGGCAUUACAAAGCUAUGCUUAUUCCAACCCCAUCUUCACAAGAAGGGUAUUAUGUUCACUGCGUUCAUCUUUUCGAUUGUCAUUUCCGAGAUGCUCGGCAUCGAGUAUCUGUGGUCAUCGGACUCUGACACCAUUAUCAUGCGUGAUGCUCUUCGCAAUACCAUUGAAACUAUUGCGGGUGAUAAGAACGUUGGAGGAGCCAGCUGCGGACUGAUUGUGCACAACGAAGACGAUUCUGUGACUACCAAGCUCGGCAGUGUGGUUUACUGGUCCGAAUUAUAUCUGACGCGCUCGACAUCGACAUCUUCUGGUACCAGCGAUUGCCAAAGUGGCCCCAGUUCAGCCUUUCGGGUGUGUGCUCUCCCAGCUGUUUUGUAUCCCUGGUAUACUCAGACCGUACUGGGUCACCGCAUGGUGGUUAACGAGGACCGCCAUCUCACCACCAAUCUGCUUAUGCGCGGCUGGACUGUUACCUAUGUCUCCGAUACACUAGCUGCAACCGAUACCCCAACAACCCUGAGCAGAUGGAUCAUGCAACAGGUCCGGUGGAGCCGAGCAGGCCACAUUGAAUCCUUCCAACAACCAAAACUUUACCUCCUAACCAACCCACUCUUCUUUUGGGCCGCUAUCAAGCGGGAAUUCGGCCCUCUUCUCGGACUUUUGUACAUCUUCUAUUACCUCUUCACUGGCCGCUGCUUCGCCUACUUCAACUGGUACGACGUUGGUAUCCGCAUCGCCUACACGCUUAUGUACAACUACACCCGCAACCCAGACCGCGGACCGUCCAAUUCCUGGCUCUGGAUCGUACCGGGUCUUCUGUUCUAUAACAUCCCAUUGCCAAUGAUCCACCUUUGGAGUCUGAUUACCGUUUUCCAAGAUGGAUGGGGAACUUCUAUGCGCUCGACUUCCGAGUUGUCGAAGCGUGGACAGGCUUGGAAGCGCUGGAAUGAUCUUGGAUUCUUUGUUGUAUGGAUGGGUGUUGUCGGUGGUACUGCCGCGAGAAUGGCGGCGCACAUGGCUGGGUGGGAUGAGAGAAGUAUCUUCCAUGCCAUCGUCUUGGGAAUUGUCGUUCCUUCGGCAGUGUCAUUCUAUGGUCUGGUGAUUCGUGGAUGA